GGCCAACAAGUUGUAAAAUGACGAACGGGCGCCAACAUAAUUGGAUAUUUGGGAAGCACCUUUAUCUCUUUUGUAUCGUCCUAUUUAAUACACAAUUUGCUCACUGUUUGGAGCCAUUAACUAUUGGUGCGACCGUGGGCCUGGGAGCAAUUGGGCUCUCAUUUUUUAAACGCCAGACGUAUUGCCGGUUUUAUGAAUGCUGCGAUGACGACAGUAUACCUGGUAAUAUAAAUGAGCUUCAGCAUAAUCUGGAGCGAACGCUGUUUGGUCAACAUAUUGCAAAGCAGCACAUCAUUCCGGCUCUGACCGCACAUUUUAGCAGCGAAAGCAAGUCAAGAAAGCCGCUCGUUAUUAGCUUUCAUGGCACACCGGGUACUGGGAAAAACUUUGUGGCAGACCAGAUAGCAAAUGCUCUCUACAAGGAAGGGGCGAAAAGCAAGUUCGUGCACAUAUACUUGGGACGCGCAGAUUUCCCACAAGCAGAAGACACUGAUAAGUACAAGGCGCGCAUAAAUUACGAAGUGCGGUCAAGCAUUCAACAAUGUCCACGCUCUCUAUUUAUUUUCGACGAAGUGGAUAAGAUGCCAAGUGGCGUGUUUGACACGCUCACAUCGCUGGUGGAUUACAAUGCGUUUGCCGAUGGCACAGAUAAUACGAAGGCCAUAUUUAUAUUCCUGUCGAACACGGCUGGUGUUCACAUUUCAGAUCAUCUGGGAAAAUUGAUGAAAGGCGGAAAGUUGCGAGAGGAUACGCGGCUAAGUGACUUUGAGGCUCUGCUGCAGAAGGUCUCUUACAAUUUGGAUGGUGGUCUAAGAAAGACUAGUCUGAUUGAGGCGCAUGUUAUUGAUCAUUACAUGCCCUUUCUGCCACUGGAGAAAUCCCAUGUCGUACAGUGCCUGGAGGCCGAGUUUAAGCGUUGGAAUCGUGAGCCAAGUCGUGAGACAAUCAACGAAAUUAUUAGCGACUCUAUUACAUAUGAUCGGCCACACGGAAUGUUUGCGACAUCUGGUUGCAAGACGCUCGAGAAGAAGGUAGCCAUGGCUGUCAUGUCCCCCAGGGCAUAAACAUGUGAUGUAAAACAAAGAAUGCUUUAUUUUGUUUUUAAAGCAUGUUAUACUUAAAUAUUGAUAAAGCUACUGCCUUUUACCAAGGGUUCAGCCACUUCAAA